CGCAGAGCCAACCCUCCUGGGCGCCAUAUCGUUCGUUUCCCGCGUGAUAGCAAGUGGUGUUCUUCUGAAUCUUGCGACUCGAGAUGGCGGGUAUCUUAGCUGCUGACCGUGGCGCGCUUAUGAUGAAAAUAUAUCACGCGUCGGGCUUCGCUCUCGCGGGUUUGGUGCCAGCAGCAAUGGUCAUUCCCGGCGGGGUUCUGCCCAUCGACUUGGCGCUAGGCGUUGCGCUCCCAGUACACUCCCACAUCGGUCUCAACUUCGUGAUCUCCGACUACGUUCCCAAAGCUGUGGCACCCGCGACGCGGGCUGGUUUGCUCGGAGUCACGUGCUUGACGCUUGCCGGACUGUUGAAGUUGAACGUGCAGGGCGAGGGUGUGACGAAGACCGCCAAGAGACUUUGGACCAAACGAGAAGUUUCGGUGACGUGGUCGGGCGGAACAGAGGGGCUGCCGAGCAGAGGGGCGGUGGUGAGGGGCUCGUCCAUGAUCUGCAGUCUCGUGCGCGCAUCAUCAUUCGGUCGCGGUGCUGCGGUUUCGGCAUCGAUUGCGUCUUCAUGUCGACUCGCGCACGCGCUCACGUCUCCGAGUUCUUCGGAGGACACGAGAGGCAGAUCGGUUGCUGUCGGUUGGGCCUUGGGUCCACAGGGAGAGUUCGAACGCCGUGUGCAGGCAGGGCAAAUCGUCGGCGGUGAUUGCCAGCAGGCAAGUGCACUGUCAGCGUUGCAAAGGUUGCGUGAUCGCCUCCUCGGAGAGAAUCCAUCAGGGUUAACCGCGGAGUCCGUGAGUGAGGCUGAACAGCAUCGGCACAGACGCGGCGUGUACUUACACGGCGGCGUUGGGCGAGGCAAGACCAUGCUAAUGGACAUGUUUUACACAACUCUACCUCCUAACGUCGCGCGACUUGCGCGUCGGGUCCACUUUCACGAUUUCAUGGCCGAAAUGCACCAUCGCUUACACGCGAAGAGAGGUAGAGAGGAUCCACUGUCUGCGGUUGCUCGAGACAUGUGCUCUGUGCAUCCUGUGCUGUGCUUCGAUGAAGUCGAGCUUGCUGACGUGGCGGAUGCCCUGGUGUUCAAGAGAGUGUUCGAAAGAGUUUUCGAUUUCGGGGGCGUACUCGUCGCGACCUCUAACUCAUCACCAGAGGAGCUGUAUCUGGGUGGCUUAAACAGGUCAGCGUUCCUCCCUUUCAUCAACACCCUGCGCAAUCAGUGUGAAGUUAUCAGUUUAAACGCCUCUGACGGGGAGUCAAACGAUGUCGACUACCGCCGCUCGGAUGUUGUGCUAAGAGGAUCUCACUCUGUUUCAACGAAGAGAUCUGCGACCGAGAUUCUGCCUUCUGCGACGGCAGGCGUCACAUCGACUCUCAUAUCCAGUGGUGAUGGAACAGCCGAGUUGGAUCGAUUGUGGCAUGAGGUCGUAGCCGUGGACCGGUCACUACGCGGUGUAAAUUCAGAAGAGAAGGUGACCAGCAGUGCUCGCAUCCCUGUGGCGUCCGGACGAUGGGUGACGGUGCCAAAACUGUCUGGUCGAUGCGCAAGAUUCAGUUUUGACGAAAUCUGCGGCUUGCCGUUGGCGGCAUCCGAUUACAACGCGCUCGCACAUCACAUAAACAUCUUUACAAUCGAUCGCAUCCCAAUAUUUUCCGAGCAGAACGAAAACGAGGCUAGGCGGUUCAUCAAUUUGGUGGAUAUUCUGUACGAGCGUCGUGCGCUCCUGGUUGCAUCUUUUGCUGCAAGGCCUGAGGAUAUCUUUCACGGAGAAGCCGAGUCCGUCGGGGCCGAGGAUACAGUCAGGAAUCGGGUAAAGCGCGAAGGUCAAAGAGCUGGGCAUCAGAUAAAUGUCAGAGACGAGGGUGGUAGCUCUGGUCGAUCAACCACCACGGUGGGAUCCAUGGAAUGGUCGGCAACGGGGCGUGCUGGUGCUUCACUCGCGCAACUGCAAUCCAAAAACUUUACUUUUCGAGCAUCGAGAAGGUGUGCGUCCAGACUUGUUGAGAUGGGCUCAGUUACCUACGAGCGGACCUUUUGGGCCUCUCUGCCCCGAGUUGGGGUCGGAGGUUUCCCUAGCACGGUAGGCGCGAAAUAUGCCCGUGGUCCAACGUAGUCUAGUCUGACAAAGCUUGGAGCUGUUGUAAAAGUCAUCAACUUCGCAAAAU